AUGCAACAUCCAUCUUCAAACCCUAAUUCUGGUUCCAUUCCCAAUCCUCACAAUGCAAACACCGCGUCCAAAUUUCCACCACCGCCACCUCCUUCCACGGCGGCAACAACCGCCGCCUGCAAGGCCUCCAUGCUCCCGCGCUCCGGCGGAAACGGUGGGUCCCUCCACCGGAGAGCUCACUCAGAGGUCAGUUUCCGGUUGCCUGACGACAUGAUGGACUUGUCUCCGUCCGAUCCGUUUACCGGCGGAUCGUCGACGGCGAGCCUAGAUGAGAUCGGAUCCGAGGAUGACCUGUUCUCGACGUACAUUGACAUGGAUAAGCUCGGAGGUUCAAACGAUUUGGGAGACGCUGGAGCAGAUCCGGGAAGGAAUGAUGAGGCGGAGAAGAACCAAGGGAGGUCGAGGCAUAGGCAUAGUAGUUCAGUGGAUGGUUCUUCGUCGUUUGGGGAGAUUAUGGAUGGGAAGAAGGCUAUGCCUCCUGAUAAGUUAGCUGAGCUUUGGUCUAUUGAUCCGAAGCGUGCAAAAAGAAUACUUGCGAAUCGACAAUCUGCUGCUCGUUCAAAAGAGAGAAAGGCCCGCUAUAUACAUGAACUAGAGCGCAAAGUUCAGACCCUACAGACUGAAGCUACAACUCUUUCUGCCCAACUAACAUUAUACCAGAGAGACACAACAGGUCUGAGUAAUGAAAAUACAGAGCUUAAGAUCCGUCUGCAAGCCAUGGAGCAACAAGCACAUCUCCGUGAUGCUCUCAAUGAUGCAUUGAAGAAAGAAGUUGAGAGACUGAAGGUUGCUACCGGAGAUAUAAGGAGCCACACUGAAUCUUUCAAUCUUGGUAUGCAACAGAUGCCAUUUACAGAAUCAAAUUACCUUCCUAUUUCACCACAAUCAGGUCAUCCUGGUCACCGUAACAUCCAGUUGCCACUAUUUGGUCACUCCCCAUCUAGCAUGGCAACUCAUCAACUGCAACAAGCAAAUUCUCAUUCAUUUUCAGAAUUAUUGCAAAGCGACCAGAUUGGUCGUUUUCAAGGACUUGAUAUUAGCAGCAAAGGAACAACUGUUGUUAAGUCUGAAGACCCCUCUCUUUCUGCAAGUGAGAGUAGCACUACAUUUUGA